AUGUCUGAGUGCGGGGCGAACGGCCAGCAGAACUGCACUCUCGCUGUGAGCGCUACGUGCGUGUCAACGGACCCCAUCAGCACCGCCAACGUAACCUACGUGGGCCAACUGCUCCAGGACUCCUACGCCACCAACGCCGUCUUCGGUCCUACCUACAACUGGAACAACUCGCUAUCUUAUGUGAGCUUUCCGCUGAACGCCAGCAUCUCCUACGUAAUCUAUGACCCCACUUAUGUUAACUCGAAGCGAAGCCAAAUUAAUAACAUCAACCGCGUGACCCUGCAAGCGGUCUGCGGCGCGGUUGGCACUGGUGUGGUGACCUUCAACAACACCUUCAAUGCGAUCUGUCCGUCGCCGUCGCCGUCCAUAUCCGUGAGCCCGUCCGCAUCCCUGACCCCGGGGCUGUCGCCGUCGGCCAUCCCCGACACCUUCGGUCACGUCCACGCAGUCCCCGACGCCUUCGGUCACUCCCACGCCAUCACCGACGCCUUCGAUCACGCCUACGCCGUCUCCUACGCCUUCGCCCUCAGCUUCACCGUCGGCGUCACCCUCGGCGACGCCUUUGGCGCUCGACUGAUUGUCAACGCGGACUUCUGGAACUUGGACCCGUUCACUCCCCGCACCAGUGACGAUUUCAAAGUAGAGCUGUACGCGGGCCUGGAAGCGACGGUGCUCAACACAACCUUCGACAUCUACAUCACCAACUUUGUAUCGGGCAUCAACACGCUCCAGUCCACCAUCCUCAUCUACUACUCGCCCCCCAGUCGGCGCACGACGCUCCAGGCCAACAUCUACCUCAUCACCAGCGACGCCAUCGUCGCCAUCACCGAAACAGCGGACUCGAACGAUCAGUCGCUGUCGACGACCUAUCUUGCGAAUUGUAACCUCCCCUCGCCUUCACCAUCGUCAUCGCCUUCACGCCCACCGUCGCCGUCGAGCACGACGUCGUCUUCACCGUCGAGCACGCCCUCGCCCACAACCACGCCGUCGGCGUCGCCAUCUCCGUCGCCGUCGCCAUCGAACACGCCGUCGCCGUCCAACACGCCGUCGCCAUCCAACACGCCAUCGCCCUCCAAUACGCCGUCGCCUUCGUCCACGAAUUCGCCCACGCCGUCGCCAUCGAAUACACCGUCGCCUUCCACGACGCCAUCGCCGUCCAGCUCGCCGUCGCCUUCUCACACGCCAUCGCCGUCAAACACGCCAACUCCGUCCAACACGCCGUCGCCCUCCAACUCGGCCACGCCGUCGCCGUCGAAUACACCGUCGCCAUCCAACACGCCGUCACCUUCUUCCACGAAUUCACCUACGGCCUCGCCGUCCAACACGCCGUCGCCGUCUAAUACGCCGUCCCCUUCCACCACACCGUCGCCUUCAAGCACACCGUCACCGUCCAAUACGCCGUCGCCGUCUAACACGCCGUCGCUGUCCCCAACGGCGUCGCCGUCCAACACGCCGUCGCCAUCUAACACGCCGUCGCCGUCCAAUACGCCGUCGCCUUCGCCCACCAAUUCACCCACGCCGUCGCCAUCCAACACGCCGUCACCAUCCAACACGCCGUCACCAUCCAACACGCCGUCGCCCUCCAACACCCGUCGCCCUCUACCACGCCGUCGCCGUCGAACACACCAUCACCGUCGAACACCCCAUCGCCUUCGUCCACGAAUUCACCACGCCGUCGCCAUCCACCACGCCGUCGCCGUCGAACACCCCAUCGCCUUCGUCCACGAAUUCACCCACGCCGUCGCCAUCCACCACGCCGUCGCCGUCGAACACGCCUUCGCCGUCGAACACGCCUUCGCCUUCCACCACGCCGUCGCCUUCGAAUAUGCCGUCGCCGUCGCCGUCACCAUCGAACACACCGUCGCCAUCCACCACGCCGUCGCCUUCCACCACGCCGUCGCCUUCUGCAACCUCGUCGCAGUCCAACACGCCAUCGCCUUCCACCACGCCGUCGCCGUCGAAUACGCCGUCGCCGUCAAACACGCCGUCGGCUUCGGCCACGCCGUCGCCAUCCACCACACCCUCACGGUCGCCGUCCAACACGCCAUCUCCGUCGAACACGCCGUCGCCUUCCAACACACCAUCGCCGUCCACCACGCCGUCGCCCUCAAGCUCGGCCACGCCGUCGCCCUCGAACACGCCAUCGCCAUCGAACACGCCAUCACCUUCGCCCACCAAUUCACCCACGCCGUCGCCAUCCACCACGCCAUCACCUUCCACCACGUCGUCGCCAUCCAACACGCCGUCGCCGUCGAACUCACCGUCGCCGUCCAACACGCCAUCUCCGUCCAACACGCCGUCACCAUCGAACACGCCAUCGCCGUCGGGCACAAAUUCGCCCACGCCGUCGCCAUCCAACACGCCCUCGCCGUCCACCACGCCCUCGCCGUCCAACACGCCCUCGCCGUCGAACUCACCGUCGCCGUCCACCACGCCCUCGCCUUCCAACACGCCAUCACCAUCGAGCACUGCGUCACCUUCCAACUCGGCAUCACCGUCGCCUUCGACCACGCCGUCGCCUUCCACCACGGCGUCACCUUCCACCACGCAGUCGCCAUCCAUUACGCCGUCGCCGUCCAACACACCAUCACCUUCGUCUACGAAUUCACCCACGCCGUCGCCAUCAACCACACCGUCGCCGUCGAGUACGCCAUCGCCGUCGAACACGCCGUCGCCGUCCACCACGCCAUCGCCAUCCACCACCCCAUCGCCUUCGUCCACGAAUUCGCCCACGCCGUCGCCAUCCAACACGCCCUCGCCGUCGAACUCACCGUCGCCGUCCAACACGCCGUCGCCGUCCACCACGCCGUCACCAUCGAACACGCCGUCACCUUCGCCUACAAAUUCGCCCACGCCGUCUCCGUCCAACACUCCGUCGCCGUCCACCACGCCAUCGCCUUCCAACACGCCGUCGCCGUCCACCACGCCGUCACCUUCCAACACGCCGUCGCCAUCCAACACGCCGUCGCCGUCGAACUCACCGUCACCGUCCAACACGCCAUCUCCGUCGAACACGCCGUCACCAUCGAACACGCCAUCGCCGUCCAAUACGCCGUCGCCUUCAUCCACCAAUUCACCCACGCCGUCGCCAUCGCCGUCCAAUACGCCGUCGCCGUCGAACACGCCAUCGCCGUCGAAUACGCCCUCACCGUCACCGUCCAACACGCGGUCACCUUCGCCCACAUAUUCCCCCACGCCGUCGCCAUCCAACUCACCGUCGCCGUCAAACACACCUACGCCUUCGCCGUCCACCACGCCGUCACCUUCGAACACACCGUCGCCAUCCACCACGCCGUCGCCUUCCACCACUCCGUCACCAUCCAACACACCGUCGCCGUCGAACACGCCGUCGCCAUCGAACACGCCGUCGCCAUCCACCACUCCGUCACCUUCCAACACGCCGUCGCCGUCCACCACGCCGUCGCCAUCCACCACGCCGUCGCCCUCCACCACGCCAUCGCCCUCCAACUCGGCCACGCCGUCGCCCUCCACCAUGCCGUCGCCCUCCAACUCGCCUACGCCGUCGCCAUCCAACACGCCGUCAGCUUCCGCCACGCCGUCGCCAUCUACCACGUCGUCGCCAUCAAACACGCCGUCGCCUUCCCCCACGCCGUCGCCAUCGAACACGCCGUCGCCAACCACAACGCCGUCGCCUUCGGCCACGAAUUCGCCCACGCCGUCGCCGUCCAACACGCCGUCGCCCUCAACCACACCCUCGCCGUCCACCUCGCCGUCGCCGUCGAAUACGCCGUCGCCCUCGAACUCACCGUCGCCGUCCAACACGCCGUCGCCAUCGAAUACACCGUCGCCUUCCACGACGCCAUCGCCGUCCAGCACGCCGUCGCCUUCUCACACGCCAUCGCCGUCAAACACGCCAACUCCGUCCAACACGCCGUCGCCUUCCAACACGCCGUCGCCCUCCAACUCGGCCACGCCGUCGCCGUCGAACACGCCGUCACCCACGCCGUCGCCGUCGAACACGCCGUCGCCGUCGAACACGCCGUCGCCGUCGAACACGCCAUCACCUUCGGCCACGAAUUCGCCCACGCCGUCGCCAUCGAACACGCCGUCGCCUUCCACACCAUCGCUUUCCAACACGCCGUCGCCGUCCAUUACGCCGUCGCCUUCGCCCACCAAUUCACCCACGCCGUCGCCAUCCACCUCGCCAUCGCCAUCAACCACGCCGUCGCCCUCCAACUCGGCCACGCCCUCACCGUCACGGUCCAACACGCCAUCGCCUUCGAACACGCCGUCACCAUCGAGCACGCCAUCACCUUCGGCCACGAAUUCGCCCACGCCUUCGCCAUCCACCACGCCAUCGCCAUCUCCGUCGAACACGCCGUCGCCUUCGUCCACCAAUUCGGCCACGCCGUCGCCAUCGAAUACGCCGUCGCCUUCCAACACGCCCUCGCCGUCGAAUACGCCGUCGCCGUCCAACUCGCCGUCGCCUUCGAAUACGCCGUCGCCGUCGUACGCACCGUCGCCGUCCAACACGCCAUCCCCUUCCAACUCGGCCACGCCGUCGCCCUCCACCACGCCGUCGCCAUCGAACACGCCGUCGCCUUCGAAUACGCCGUCGCCGUCGAACACGCCAUCACCGUCCAACACGCCAUCGCCGUCGUCAUCCACCACGCCGUCGCCAUCGGCAUCCACAACGCCGUCGCCGUCCAACACGCCCUCGCCUUCCAACACACCGUCGCCGUCCACCACGCCGUCGCCGUCCAACACGCCAUCGCCGUCCAACACGCCAUCACCAUCGAACACGCCAUCGCCAUCCGCCACGCCGUCGCCGACCAAAACGCCGUCGCCAACGAGCACGUCAUCGCCCUCCAACUCGGCCACGCCGUCGCCUUCAAACACGCCGUCGCCCUCGGCCACGCCGUCGCCUUCCACCACUCCGUCGCCCUCCACCACGUCAUCGCCCUCCAACUCGGCCACGCCAUCGCGCUCCACCACGCCGUCGCCAUCGAACACACCCUCACCUUCCACCACGCCGUCGCCGUCGAACUCGCCGUCGCCCACGCCGUCGCCGUCCAACACGCCGUCGCCCUCCACCACGCCGUCGCCCUCCAACUCGGCUACGCCAUCGCCAUCCAACACGCCGUCGCCGUCGGCCACGCCGUCGCCAUCCAACACGCCGUCGGCUUCCGCCACGCGGUCGCCAUCUACCACGCCGUCAACGUCAAACACGCCCUCGCCUUCGCCCACCAAUUCACCCUCGCGGUCGCCGUCCAACACGCCGUCGCCGUCUAA